GAAGAAGACAAAGUGAGCCCAUCUUGUACACCCACUGUCACUGUAGCAGCGGCGUCGCCGAGGCCGAAGUGGCGGACCACUGGACUGCUGGAUCUCCGGGAAGCUAGUGAGGUUCCACAAGUGUGUGGUGUACUUCCGAGGGGUCGGAGUAUUACGGAGAUGGGGCGCUGCGUUUCGAUCGUCAUGAUUGUGGUUGUCGUUGUGGUUGCGAUGGCGGUCGCUCGUGGAGACUCCGAUAAUAAGUCGGCAUCCGUUUGGUCCACUGUGAAAGAGGAAGGAGAUCUUCUUGCGUGGGAUCCGGAAGCCGAUGAUGAUUUGACUGAGCUUGCAAUGCGCGACGACGAGGAGCGCCAGCUGGACGGCGGUUUUUCUUCGCUGGACGGGAUGUUGCAGUGGGCGAUUGGCCAUUCCGAUCCAGCUAAGUUAAAAGAAGCUGCAUUGGGCAUCCAGCACCUGUCCCCAGAAGAGCUCAGAGAGCGUCAGAUGGAAAUAAAGGAACUGAUGGAGAGAUUAAAGACUCCAUCAGAUGCAGAAUUGAUGAAAAUUGCGAUAGACGAUUUGGAUAACAGUUCCCUAUCUUUAGAGCAGCAUCAGCGUGCUCUUCAGGAACUCUUGAUCCUUGUUGAGCCCAUAGACAAUGCCAAUGAUUUACAUAAACUUGGUGGACUCACUGCAAUCAUAGGGAAGCUUGAACAUUCAAACCCACAGAUACGAACUACUGCUGCUUGGGUUCUUGGGAAAGCCUGCCAAAACAACCCUUUUGUUCAGAACCAGGUUUUGGAGCUCGGACCCUUGGCUAAGUUAAUGGAUAUGACACGCUCUGAUUUCAUUGAAGAAGCCACGAAAGCAUUAUAUGCAAUAUCAGCUUUAAUCAGAAGUAAUCACAGGGGACAAGAACUGUUCUAUAUGGAAGCUGGGGAUUUGAUGAUUCAGGACAUUCUAAGUAACACAAGCAUUGAUGUCCGGCUACGACGUAAAUCUGUGUUUCUAUUGGCUGACCUUAUUGAAUGCCAAUUGGAUGAGAGAAAUAGCUCAGCACCGCCUUCCUUCAGCAGUCAUUUGUUGUUAAAGUCUGUAGUGAAUCAGAUGGCCUCCGUAGACCUCGAUCUCCAGGAAAAGGCCCUGUACGCAAUUAAGAAUUUAUUGCUGUUGAGAUCCGCGAAUGCUGUGGUCUUCAAAGAUGUCUGCGAGUUAGAUGUGGCCUUGCAUAAAAUGGAACAACAAUUGCAGCAGCAGCAGCACCAGCACCAGCGAUUGAUUUCUGAUUCUGAUUCUGAUGAUGAUACGGUAAAAGACUUCGAAUUUGGUGAGGAUAUGGAAAAUCUUCGAAGAGAAGUUGAGGCCAUUUUCAAUAGAGAGUUGGAUAAGGCAAGGCAAGGGAGAGCCGAGUCUGGGGAUAUAUAUGAUAAUAGUAAUAAUAGUCCUCCACAGUUUCCACUCAAGCAAUAGCAUUAACAUUAACAGCCAUAUUGAUAUUGCCUGCCUCGGUGAGAAGCUUCUUGGCAGGUUAGGAUUGGAUGGAUUGAUUGAUUAGGUGUGUCCGUGACCACUGAGUGUGAGUGAGUUAAAUAGUAGUAAAACAAAAUGGGUAUAUUUGUACAGUGAGUGUAUGGAUUUGAUCAAGGGUUAAACAAGUAAGGUUUUAUUAUUAUUAUUAGAAGAAGACACUGCUGUGUUGGUAGUUAAUUUUAAUUUUUUUUUAAUAUGUUUUUUGGCUAGUGUAUAUUAU